AUGCGAGGUGUCCGCCUGGCACUGAUCCAGCUUGCAGUGGGAGCCGACAAGAGGUCCAAUCUUGAGGCUGCUCGGGCUGCCAUCGAUGAGGCAUGUGGCAUUGGAGUCGACCUCAUUGCUCUGCCUGAGGUCUUCAACUCACUGUAUGGGACCGAGUACUUCGACCAAUAUGCCGAGAGCAUUCCAGGGGAGACAACUAAGAUGCUGUCAGAAGCAGCUCAGCAGCAUGGAGUGUAUAUCAUUGGGGGGUCAAUCCCAGAACGAGAUGGGGAGAAGCUCUUCAAUACCUGCACUGUGUUCAAUGAUAAAGGGCACCCUGUGGCCAAGCAUAGAAAAGUGAGUCUCCUUCAUUCCUCUGUGCAUCCAUUCAUGAAAUUCCUCAAGCUAAUUUUAUCAUCCUCUCUGCAGGUGCACUUGUUUGAUAUUGAUGUGCCUGGGAAAAUCACCUUCAGAGAAUCUGACACUCUGAGCCCAGGGAAUUCUUUAACAACAUUCAACAUGUUGGAUUGCAAGAUCGGUCUUGGGAUCUGCUAUGAUGUCAAUUUUGCAGAGAUGGCUCAGCUAUAUGCUCACCAAGGUUGCCAUCUGCUGGUUUACCCCAGCGCCUUUGAGAUGACCACUGGACCGACCCACUGGGAGCUGCUGGCCCGAGCCAGGGCGGUCGACAACCAGCUCUACAUCGCCAUGGUGUCCCCAGCCAGGGAUGAGAAGGCCACCUAUGUUGCUUAUGGCCAUUCUCUGGCUGUGGAUCCUUGGGGGAAGAUUCUUGCCUGCACCCAAGAGAAAGAGGAUAUAAUCUAUGUUGACAUUGACCUGGACUAUCUGGAGGAAGUUCGGAAUCGGAUGCCUCUCGGGAAGCAGCGGCGAAGCGAUUUGUACGGACUGUGGGAUCCGGAAUCUGACGGAAGGAUCUGAGCUUCGCGUGACAAUUUGCUAUCAAAUUCAAAUUGACUAUGUGAUUGAGUUUCGUGG